AGAGAGAGAGAGAGAGAGAGAGAGUGUGUGUGUGUGUGUGUGUGAGAGAGAGAGAGAGAGAGUGUGUGUGUGUGUGUGUGUGUGUGUGAGAGAGAGAGAGAGAGAGAGAGUGUGUGUGUGUGUGUGUGUGUGUGUGUGAGAGAGAGAGAGAGAGAGAGAGAGAGUGUGUGUGUGUGUGUGUGAGAGAGAGAGAGAAAGAGAGAGUGUGUGUGUGUGUGUGUGUGUGUGUGUGUUGUAGGGAACAGAGAGGAGGAGGAGGUGCUUCACUGAUUCACUGAUUCACUGAUUCAUUGUGCUGCUCGUCUCCAGAGCUGAGCGCGCGCGCGUCUUCACCGGACCCGGUUUUAUCAGGAGAGAAUGGAAGUGUUUGAUGUGAAAAGGGACGCACCGAUAUAAUAAGGGUUUUGUCUAAACGCCGCCUUUGCACCACGUCUCUUAUGGCAAAUCGUGACAAGAAUAAAAAGACUCUUCUGGAACUGGUGAAGCUGCCGGAGAACAGCAGCUGUGCUGACUGCGGCGCUGCAGACCCAGACUGGGCUUCAUAUACUCUCGGCAUAUUUGUUUGUCUCAAAUGCUCUGGAACUCAUCGCAAUUUAUCAAGUAUUAGCCGGAUAAAAUCCAUCCGCUUAGACUUCUGGGAUGAUGAGCUUGUGCAGUUCAUGAAAGCCAAUGGAAACCGAGCUGCCAAGGAUGUCUACGAGAAAUUUGUCCCCGUCUUCUUUUAUCAACCACAGCAAGAUGACUGUGACGUUCUAAGGGAGCAGUGGAUCAGAGCCAAGUAUGAAAGACAGGAGUUUACAGAGCAAAAUAAACUUAGAGCCUACUCAUCAGGCAUAUAUGAAGGAUUGCUGUGGAAGAAGGGGAAGGACAAUGGACAGUUUCUCAAGAGGAAGUUUGUUUUAUCAGAUCAAGACUUCACCCUAAAAUAUUAUAAGGAGGAUGAAUCUAAAGGGCCAAAGGCUGUUAUCUCUGUACAAAGUCUGAAUGCAACCUUUCAGCCUCAGAAGAUUGGACAUGCUCACGGCCUUCAGAUCACUUAUGCAGUUGAUGACCACACUCGAAACCUCUUUGUCUACCAUGAAAGUGGUCAGGAAAUUGUGAAUUGGUUCAAUGCUAUAAGGGCUACACGUUUUGUCUACCUGAAGACAGCAUUUCCUACAGCCAGUAAUGGCGAGCUGCUGCCAUGGACUACCAGAAACUUCCUUAAAGAGGGGUUCAUGGAAAAAACUGGACCUUCGCAACGGGAGCCAUUCAAGAAGAGAUGGUUCAUCUUGGAUGGUCUAGACAGAAAACUACUUUAUUUUAAAACCGAGCUGGAUGCCGUGGAGCUUGGGGUCAUUUUCAUUGGGACAGAGAAUCAUGGGUACUCAGUGAGUGAGUGUAUGCCUAAGGGGACCAGAGGAAAUAAAUGGAAGUUUGGGAUGGCAGUGGAGACACCAGACCGUCAGUUCGUCUUCAUGUGUGAGCAGGAGCGGGAGCGAAAGGAGUGGAUCGAGGCCCUGAGGCAGGUCAUUGCGAAGCCUAUGGUUCCUCAGGAUUACACCACAGAGGCCAACAUCCGCAGACGAAAAUGAUCCUGGAACAUCAAAACGGACAGAAGCGUGUUUGGACUCCAUCACUGUGCAUAGUUAUAAUAUCAGCUGGAUUGUAGCACAACAUAUGAAAUGUUUAACCUGAACCUUUUCAAAGUAAAAGUGAGUACAGCACUCAAGUGUACUUUGAAUGGUUAAUGGGUUUCUAAAGGGGUUCUACAUAGAACUUACACGGUUUCCCCAGAGGGACAAGAUCACAAGACCCCACUGGACGUGCUUUCAUAUAUGCAGUGUUUAGUCCAUUUGAAUUGAACUUUGGUGAGUUUUCCUAGUUGGUGCGGUUUGUUUGUGCAGGUGUGAACACAGCAGUCGCUCUCGGAUAUGGACCGAAACAGCCGAUCUGAGAUCUGAGUGAGAUAGUCUCUGUCUUGUUCCAAGUAAACUCUAGGAGGAACUGCAGGAAGUAAAUGCUCUGUAUUUUGGAAUGCGGGCCGUAUUUUUGUAGAUGUGAGCUGCUAAACUGACCUCCAGGGCACAAAGGACAGAGCUGUAACACUGCAGAAAUGAGAUAUUUGGACUGAUGAACAAAAGAGAAAAUAAACAGUGGAUGUUUUUUUAAAACAGAUUAUUUCUAUAAUGUAGUAAUUUAUUGAGCGCUGGUGCCGUGCUCUCUGUGCUCAGGUGAUCGUUGAGAUUUCUAUGCACUCAACAAUGAUUCAUUUACCUUUUUCUGUGAAAGAGUUUUACAAGAACAUUUUCAGACGUACACUCCGCUCAGCUAACGGUGGUUGUUGUUGCUGCUGCUUUUUGGUUCAUUUAAUUUUAUGCAGUGUGAAAACCAAAUAGCAAACAAACCAAAGGUAUCAAUUUCGUUCUGACUUGGACUCAGGAAAUAGAAAACAAGGUAAAAGAAAGAAUGGAGAAUGGAAAAGAAAGUGUCCUGGAAGGCCACAUGGUAGUGUUUUACUCCUCCGGCACAACUCUUCAGUUAAUUUUUAUGGUUUUUAUGAACACAGAAAAUUACAAAAGUCUGAAGUCGUACAUUUCUGCUUUCUCAUAGUUUGAGGACUUCUUUUCAAACUGAAGGACUUCUCUCCCACGUUCUUUUUAUGAGAAACUUUGUAUAACCUCUUCUAACAGUUUCAGUCACGUGCUACUCAAGAACCCAGUUGUAACAAGCCUGGUGGACUUCUUGUUAGAUAUUAUAAAGGGAGAAACACUUUUAAACAGAACAGAAAUUCGACUGCUAUUCAGCUUGCUCAGCAGUCUUGGCUUCUUUUGGGAUCACGUCCACAUCUACACUCAGCUGACUUCUCAAGAGAGAGAGAGAGAGAGAGAGAGAGACAGACAACUCAUUAAUAUAGCAGCCCAGGACUGGUGUCUGAUGUAACAUGUUAAUAAGCGCAUCCCUAAACACCACCCACCUGCCGCAGACCCACAAAUACCAUUCUACCCACGUGCUACAACGUGGCAACGUGCCACGUGAUUACUCUGUAAUCUCAAAACAUUUGACUGAAUAGAGGUUGGUUUGUAUGUUUGAUAGAAAUAUGUGGUUUUUUCCUUGCUAGUGAAACAAUCAAACAAAUACAUCAGACUGACAAAAUAAAAAUUGUCUUUUAUGGACAUUUCAGAU